GGGGCAAAUUGGCCCCACCCAAUAGUGUCGCGUGGUAAUUACGUCAUUCUAAAUGCGCCGUGGUCCUGUUUUUCCCACGCUGUACACACACACGGGGGAGAGUGUUCGCGUGUCCGUGUCCGCGUGUUUUUAACUCUCCGUUCGUCUUGACAUGGAGAAGAAAGGCUCGAGCUCCUUCGGGAAGAAGCCCAAGCCCGCGAAGAUGAAAGAUGGCGCCGACCCCGUGAAAAACUUCGAGAAGUGGAAGAAAAAAUACAACAAGACGAAAACACGCGUGAAGAGGGAGAGGGCGCAGAAGAAGAAGCCCGAGUGGCAGGUGGAGCGGGAGUACAUCGACAGGCUGGUCAGCAGGUACGGCGACAUCAGCAACAAGGACGUGGUCAAGUUCUCAGACUUCCCCAUCUCGAAGAAGACCCUGCUGGGCCUGCAGGAGGCUCAGUACCGGCAGCCCACCGAGAUCCAGAGGCAGACCGUCGGCUUCGCUCUGCAGGGGAAAGACGUCCUCGGCGCGGCUAAGACCGGCUCUGGGAAGACGUUAGCCUUCCUCAUACCGGUGCUGGAGUGUCUGUUCCGCCAGCAGUGGACCUCCAUGGACGGCCUCGGUGCUCUCAUCAUAUCCCCCACCAGAGAGCUCGCCUAUCAGACCUUCGAAGUCCUCCGCAAGGUGGGCAAGAACCACGAGUUCUCUGCGGGGCUCAUCAUCGGCGGCAAAGACCUCAAGAGCGAGUCGGAGAGGAUCCAGCACACCAACAUCGUCAUCUGCACCCCGGGCCGGCUGCUCCAGCACAUGGACGAGACGGCCACCUUCCACGCCUCCAACCUCCACAUGCUGGUCCUGGAUGAGGCGGACCGCAUCCUGGACAUGGGCUUCGCUGAUACGCUCAACGCCAUCGUGGAGAACCUCCCAAAGACCAGGCAGACGCUGCUGUUCUCCGCCACGCAGACCAAGUCGGUCAAAGACCUGGCCCGGCUCAGCCUCAAAGACCCGGAGUACGUGUGGGUUCACGAGAAGGCCAAGUUCAGCACCCCGGCCACGCUGGAGCAGAACUACGUGGUGUGUGAGCUCCAUCAGAAGGUCAACAUGCUCUUCUCGUUCAUCAGGAGCCACCUGAAGAAGAAGAUCAUCGUCUUCUUUGCCUGCUGCAAGGAGGUGCAGUACCUGUUCCGGGUCUUCUGCCGCCUCAGACCCGGGAUGCCCAUUCUGGCUCUGCACGGCAAACAGCAGCAGAUGAAGAGAGUGGAGGUCUACAACGACUUCCUCAAGAAGAACAACGCCGUGCUCUUCGCCACCGACAUAGCCGCCAGAGGCCUGGACUUCCCCGCCGUCAACUGGGUGCUGCAGUUCGACUGUCCGGAGGACGCAGACACCUACAUCCACAGGGUGGGCCGCACCGCCAGGUACAAGGAGGGCGGAGAGGCCCUGCUGCUGCUGCUGCCCUCAGAAGAGAAAGGCAUGACCAGCCAGCUGCAGGAGAAGAAGGUCCCCAUCAAUAAGAUCCAGGUGAAUGCAGAGAAGCUGCAGAACGUCCAGCAGAAGCUGGAGGCCUUCCUGGCUCAGGAGAAGGAGCAGAAGGAGAGAGCUCAGAGGUGUUUUGUUUCCUACCUGCGCUCCGUCUACCUGAUGAAGAACAAAGAGGUGUUUGAUGUCUUUAAACUUCAGCUCCACGAGUACGCGCUCUCUCUGGGCCUCGCUGUGGCUCCGAGGGUGCGCUUCUUGAACAAAGCCCAGGCCCAGAGAGCUGAGAAAGGAGGACAGAGGGAGGAAGAGGAGGAGGAGUCUGAAGAAGAGGAAGAUCUGAAAAGCUUUAAGGCCCAGCUGAGAGGAAAAGUUCCUCACAAGGAAAGCCAGAGCUCCGAGUCAGAAGAUUCAGGCGACGACGAGGAAAGCGGUGAUGAAAAAGAGGCGGAUCAGUCCAAGGCUCUGCUCCUGGGUGUGGAUGGCGACAGCGAAGACGAUGACGAUUUAAAAGAUCUGGAGCUGCUGACAGUCAAAAGAAAGGACGUCUUUAACCUGACGGGGGGUCAGGAGACGGAGGAGGAAGACUCUGACACGGAUUCCAAAAAGAAAACUGUAAAAGAGACAAAGUUCAAAGAAGCCAAAAAGGCCCUCAAGAGAAACUUCCAGCUCAACACCAAAGUGACUUUCAGUGAAGAAGGACAGGCCGUGCAGCUGUGGCCGCCCGUCCAAAAGUCUGCGACUGCGGAAGAGGAAGACGAGGAAGAGGAGGUUUCGGGUAUCAACGUGGAGAAGGCCAAGGAGAGGCUGAGACGCGAGGACCAGGAGUUCGACAAGCAGGAGUACAGGCGCAAAGUGAAGGCCAAACACAAGGAGCAGAAGCUGAAGGCCAAGGCAGCCAGGAGGGAGGCCAGCAAGCAGCAAGGAAAGAACUCUGACGAGGAAGAGGAGGACGACGUGGUGGCUUACCUGGCCAAUCACAGCGAAGACGAAUUCGACCCCAGCACCCUGCCAGACCCUGACAAACCGCGAUCUGAGGACGAGGAGGAGGAGGACGAGGAGGAUCAGAUAAAGUCAGCUAAACGGCAGUACAGCAGUGAAAGCAGCGACGAGGAAGAGCUCACGGUAGCGAAGAAGAAGAGAGUUAGGCAGCAGGAGGAAGAGGGCGCUGUGUUGGACACCGGACUGUCUCUGGCUGAAGACGAGGAGUUAGUCUUACAUUUGCUGGGAGGACGGAGGUAGAGACAGAUGGAGAGGACGCUUCACAAACACUCUGAACUCAUGAGUUAAAUCAGUUUGAACAAAGUCAGAAAUGAAAUGACAAAAAAUGUUCUUAUGAUUUUGUGUUAACAAAACCAAUGACCUAUUAAUACUAUACUGUACUAUAAUACAGAUCAUUUACUGCGGUCAGCACGUCCCCAGUUUGGACACAGGAGGAGCAGCAUAUCCAUAUACAUUAUUCACGAGUACGCUAUAUUAACAAUAUCUUCACUGCUUUACCCUGCUGUCAGACAGAGACUUUAUAUCACUGUCUCAGAGACCACCAGAGUCCUUCUACCGCUGCCUCAAUCUGCAGCCACUAGCGUUAGUCCAGAUGUAAACUAAUGCAAUAACUCUAACGAACUGGCCAGCAACUUCAUGUUCUGUGAGGUAAGAUCACUGUUUUGGUCAAUGGAGUGUGGUGGCGUUCAAGAGAGAGGAGAUUGAUAAUAAGUUUCCAGUGAGAAAGGCCCGUCUGACAGCAGGUUUAAGCAGUGUAAAUAUCCUAAAUAUAGUGUACACCUGGUCUAUUGAUUCUCUUCAGGUAGCUAAAAGAGGUUUUGUUGCUGCCCGUCCACAGCAGUGCAUCACUUAGCUUCAACCAAGGAGAGUUCCUCUGUAGGUCAGCGGAGUACUGCGUCGCCUGUGUGUGGACAUGACAGACUCACUCUUCAUUCUCAUAUCAUUAAAUCUGUGAUAGUAGCCGUCACUCACAAACUAACUCCAGCAGACCUGGAUGUUAGUAACAGAUGGUUUGAUGAUCCUCCUCCCUUCUUCUCUUAAAGUUCUCGUGUGUCGACUCACCCUUCAUCAUCAUCGCAGAGACUGGAGGUGGAGUUAUUGUUUGAACUUGUCUUUUCUCAUGUUAACGAUGUAAUUUAAUGUCAGAGUCUAUCAGCAUCUUGGGGUCAACUUGGAUCACUGAGUGAUUGUAUUAAAGAAUUUAAUUACUCACUUUAAUGGUUUGAAAUUGAAUUUGAACUUUUACAUGACACCUUACAGCUGCAUUCAUCUCUGUGAAUGAAGUUAACGCCAUCACAAGUUAAGGUCUCAGUCUGCUUCAACUAGUUUGGCCAACGUGUCGUCCUGUCUACCACGUGUAAACUCAGUGUGUCUCCCUGUCCAGAUGUCUCUCCAACAGGUAUGUGUUUGUUGUGUCGACGUGAUGAAUCAUAAUCAUCAUAAGAUACUUGCACACAUUCUUCUCGAAAGCAGUCAUACUGCUGCACUUGUCUUAGGAAGACAGUUAAUCCCCGCCCACUUACACACCUGACCAAUCACCACAUGAAGAGCCUGACCGUCAG